GCCGUGAAAAAAUGGCGAAACGAAAGCGCGAUGUAUCGGAAGAGGACGGCUCGUAUAACUGGGGCGAUAAGAAGCUGAGAAUACAGAGGCUACGCCUUGACCAGACGGUCCAACAUGGCGUGGUGCUUCUUCAUCGCGCACUCAAAGUUGCCAGAGGAUUCGAACGGCAGAAGCUAGGUCGGAGAGAAAAGGCCGCAAGACAAGAGAGCGAUAGAAUGCUAUUGAAUCGGCGUUUGAAUGAGGUUGAAGCUUUGAAGGCCUUAGAUUUGCAUAAAACCGCUGAAAGAUACCUUAUAAAACAGAUGGCUAAAACAAAACGAAUUGCCGAAUCACCUGUAUUUAUUCAUUUGAAGCUUGCGGAACGCAUAUCAAACGAGGAAAAGAAGAGUGAUGCUGAAGCUAAUGUUUCUGCCCGGUUGUUCAACUCAAAUCCGAUGUUGUUACGACAAUGUCCUCAAAGUCCAAACAAAAGUCUACUACGGCUACAACAUUCCUCCCCGACACUCAUGGGAGGAUACUGGUCAGGCUCUGAAUCCGAGCCAGAGCAGGAUUACACACCCACCAUCCCUGAACGGAAGAAUAGGAUGGGCCAACAGGCAAGACGAAAACUUUGGGAGAAAAAAUAUGGAAGUAAUGCGAGACAUAUCCAAAAGCAGGCGAAGGAACAAGCCCAAGGCAAGAAUCGGGAUAGUGGAUGGGAUCUACGCCGGGGAGCUACAACGCAGGAAGAUACAAGAGGAAGAUAUGGAAGAAAUAAGAUACGUGGAAGUCAAAGGAAGGAGGCUACUGGAUCAAAUACAGCCCAGGUACAAGCUCUGCCGCCUACUCCGAAACCCACGCCUCUUACCAACGACAGGCCACUUCAUCCUUCAUGGCAGGCGGCAAUUAAACGCAAGGAAUCAAAAACACAAACUUCAUUCCAGGGAAAGAAGGUUGUAUUUGACUAG